AGUCGGCAGUGUGUUCUUUGCUGUAAGCUCUUCAGGGACAAUCUUUCCAAGAUUUUAAUUCCGGAAACGAUGCAGCUCCAGCUGAGCAAGCUGACUGCGGGCCGCAGGCCAUCCGGCCGCGCGACUGUCAGCCGCAUUCCGACUGUUCGUGUGACUGCUACUGUUGCGAUGCCGGCGCCAUCAUCGACAGCAGCGCAGCCGCAUGGUCGCGUUUUCAACUUCUCGGCGGGCCCAGCCAUCCUUCCGGUUGACGUCCUGGAGCGCGCUCAAGCGGACCUCGUCAACUGGCAGGGCACCGGUAUGAGUAUUAUGGAGAUGAGCCAUCGCGGGAAGGAGUUUGAGAGUGUUAUUCAGAAGGCGGAGGCCGACCUGCGCGCUCUCCUAAAUAUCCCGUCCAACUACAAGGUGCUUUUCCUCCAAGGCGGGGCCAGCACUCAAUUCUCUAUGAUUCCUCUUAACCUCGCUAAGGCUGGUGAGACUGUGGACUACGUGGUUACGGGUGCCUGGUCCAAGAAGGCGGCGGAGGAGGCGAAGAAGUAUUGCAACGUGAACAUCGCCGCCAAGGGCGAUAACAAGUCGCUACCCCCGGUCUCUGGCUGGAAGCUCACACCGGACUCGCGUUAUGUUCAUUAUUGUGAUAAUGAAACCAUUGGUGGCGUGGAAUUUAAGUCGACACCGGACGUGGGCGACCGGGUACUGGUCAGCGACAUGUCGUCCAACUUCAUCUCGAAGCCGCUCGACGUCUCCAAGUACGGCCUAAUUUACGCCGGCGCCCAGAAGAACGUUGGUCCGGCUGGUGUGACGAUCGUUAUUAUUCGCGAGGAUUUGAUAGGCCACUGCCGCCCCGAGGCGCCCACGAUGCUUGACUACAAGAUCCAUGUUGAGAACGACUCCAUGUACAACACGCCACCGUGCUGGUCUAUCUACAUCUGCGGCCUCGUGUUUGAGAAGUUGCUUAAGCUGGGUGGCCUGGAGGCGAUGCAAAAGCUUAACGAGGAGAAGGCGGCCGUAUUGUACGAUGCCAUUGCCUCUUCCAACGGUUUCUACAGCAGCCCCGUUGACCCAGCGGUGCGUUCUUUGAUGAACGUGCCCUUCACAAUUCCAUCGCAGCCAGACCUGGAGAAGGUGUUUGUCAAGGAGGCGGAGAAGGCCGGCAUGCUCCAGCUUAAGGGGCACCGCUCUGUCGGCGGUAUGCGCGCCUCAAUCUACAACGCCAUGCCGAUUGAGGGCGUUCAGCAGCUGGCUACCUUCAUGAAGGAGUUUGCUGCCAAGCACGCGAAUUAAGAGAAGCAAACGUCCCGACGUGGGAGAUGUACGCUAGAUCUGGCGACGAGGUGAUUGCAACGUACAGCAAUCAGAGCAGAUUCCGGACGCCGUUCCCACCACGCACAUUUGAGCGUCGGUGCUGCUGAGCAGCGAACCCUCCGCUUUACGACCCAUGUUAUUACUUCAACGAAUGAGCCAAGCACGCACCAUAUAUUAGCUGUGAUAGAAGCUGUGCCCGUCAGGUCUGCUUGGUAAUACUAGUGUUUGGGCUGAAUCCCAGGUCGCGAUUGCUUUGGACUGUUGGGGCUAUUUUUUAUGCAGGGUUGCAUGUUACUAUAUCGGUCUGGCUGUGUUGGGUGGUUGUCGCGGAGAGAGGAGCAUGGGCAAGGGGGGUGGAAAUAGGGAAUUACACUAGGAGCGGAAGGCUAACGUCUUUCCCAUGUGUGCAGUCAGGCAUGGAUGCAAGGCCUUGGGUCGGCUUGCAUGUCUUGUGCGUUGUGCUUAGGCCGGGUAGCCAGCAGAAUACCGGCUCCCCGGAGUCGCGGGGCACUUGUGCAGCCCACUUGGAAGUUGUCACAUCCGAGGCCCAACACUGUCCUGGUAGUUGAAUUGACCUCUUUCUUAACCUGCUUGGGAUUGUCCUGACACAUCGCGUUGGAACAUACUCUGUGGACAUGCCGAUCAAGACUAGAUUGGAAUUUGGGCAACAGAACUUCCGCUGAAUAGCGCAGUGAAAAUAAGCCCAUUGCAGUAUAAUAGGUUCUGAGGGUGUUGUGUGAUGUGGAGCUUUUGCCAGGCCUGUGUGUUGAAUGAACCUUUUGCUGGAGAAGGAUGCGCGGUUAUGGCAGAAAGUGGACGAGGACAAAUAGUGUACUUGAUGGUGCCUAUCAUGUGUUCGUUUUAAUUUUGUAACUUUCCCGGUAUCC